AUAAUUUUAAAAUAAUACUUUAGUGAAGUUUAAUUUAUUGGCUGUGAGUUUCCAAAAUGAAACUAAUUGGAUUUAUUCUGAAUUUGGCAGCCCUAACAGCUGCCGUCUUGGGCAAUCAUCACGAGAGCCUGUCCCUGAGCCCGGCGGAGCACAGCGUGGUGCGCUACACAAAUGAAUCGCUCAUCGUCCUGUGCCGGAGCCCCAACCCGGAUGCGAGACUGCAUUGGAAAUCGCCGAAAGGCGAAAUUAUACGCGAGCACAAAGGACGCAUUCACAUUGAACAAACAUCGCCAGAACAAUUGAAAAUCGUUUUCGCCCACAUCCUUCUGGCCGACAAGGGCAAUUGGACCUGCGAAGCUGCUGAGGGCGGUCUGCAUAGUAAAUCCUUCGAUUUGAUUGUAUAUCAGAAAAUUACGUUCACGGAAAAUGCCACCGUGAUGACCGUUAAGGAGGGCGACAAGGCCACCAUCCUGUGCGAGGUGAAGGGCGAGCCCCAACCGAAUGUCACCUGGCAUUUCAACGGACAGCCCAUCAGUGCGGAAGCGGCAGAUGGCUCCAAGUUCCGCAUCCUGGCCGAUGGUUUGCUCAUCAACAAGGUAACACAGAGUGACACCGGCGAGUACGCGUGCCGGGCAUACCAAGUCAACUCGAUUGCUUCUGAUAUGCAGGAGCGAACCGUUUUGAUGAAAAUCGAACACAAACCAUUCUGGACGCACAAACAGUUUGUUAGCCUGCAGUAUGCCUACAUCAACGGCACCGCCACCAUAAUGUGUGAGGCCCAAGCCGAACCACCUGCCACUUUCACCUGGCACCGGAAACAAAAGCGCCUGCACAGCAACGAGAAGCUGUACACCAUUGAAACGGACAGCUACUGGUCUCGUCUGACCGUCCACGUAGUGAAUGCCAGCGUCUUUGACAACUACAGGUGCCGAGCCGCCAAUCACCUGGGCAGCAUCGAGCGGACUAAGCGACUGGAACAGGGCGAAAAGCCUCCCUCGCCGGUCACCUUCCAGCUGCGUGGAUUUAACUCCAACACCUUUGACGUAGAUGUGAGUGCACCACGGGGGCAAGAAGUGCGAGGACCCAUGGAGGUCAACGGCUUUCGCAUCGAGUACAUGUCCGAAUUGGAGUUUAAGUCCGAUGCCGGCAAGUGGACCAACGCUAAGCGCAAAGAUUUUCCAUUCGAAGAGGGAGCAACUUUCCUUAUAACGAAUCUGGAGCCAGACACAGUCUACCUGAUGAGAGCUGCCUCCAGAAAUCUGGCGGGAUUCAGUGACUUUACCAAGGUGGAGAAGUACAAGACCCUCUCCUUAGAGCCGCGAUCCGCCUCGGAAAUAGUCCAGCCUACUGCCCUGCUAAUGAUGCUUACCUUUGGCUCCUUGCUGAGGCUGUCGUUUGGAUGAAUCUCUAUCUAAUGGCGGAUGAUAUAACUUAGUGGAUCGCAGACCCCUCACCCCAUGUGCUUUGUACAGCUUUAAGCCGUGUCUGAUUUGCUUAAGGAUUUUGAUUUAACACUUAUGUUCAGUCCUUGGAUAUAACCUUAAAAGAAGUUAAAACUAAGCUUAGAUGUGUUAAUUUUUAGCUUUUAAUGUUUGAAUUUCGACUGGGAGAUGAAAUUUUAUUUUAAAAGCGUAUAGAAAUAUUUAUAUAUAAAGAAAAUCCUCAUAGCAGUUAAA